AUGACAGCAACAAUAUCAGAUGUGAUCUCCAGUAACAUGACUCGACUCCGUCGACUGUGUAUCUCCUUUUCAGGAAUUUAUGGUGAAAUCCCAUGGGAUUUGAUCUUGCAGUUGGAUAACCUGGAGAAGAUACAAUUAUGUUGCAUGAAUCAGACAAAAUUGUACGGCACCAUUCCACAUGAUAUUGAUCGCUUGCCUAACCUGCAAUUGCUGAGCCUUGGCGAAAAUAAUAUUAAAGGAGACUUGCCUUUGAGAAUCCGAAAUCUAACAAAGUUAUGGUUUUUGGAUUUAGAAUAUGCGAAAUUGAAUUCUGGUGCAAUGUGGUAUUUUUCGAACAUGAGUCAAUUGACUUCCAUACAUCUGACGAAUUGCGGGUUAGGAGGAACUAUACCAAAUGGCUUUGGAAAAAGUCAUCCAAAUAUGCUCGAGUUACGCCUGUAUGGUAAUAAACUCGAAGGACAAAUAUCAGACUGUUUCAAUGGUUUUCGACAGAUAACACAACUUAUCUUAGGCUCGAAUAAGUUAUAUGGCUUGCUUCCGGCAACGUUGAACAAGCUCCAAACUCUUCAGGUACUUGAUUUAUCAAAUAAUAACUUCACAGGAUUUGCCGCAAACUUCUCGUUUAACUCCCAAUUGCAAAUCUUAUACCUUCAUGGAAAUAUCCAUUUAAAAAUCGAUGGUAACCGACUGUUAAGAGCAUUGCAACCCUGUUGGUACACUCUACGCAUGCUCGUUGCAAGCAAUUGUGGACUCAAAGGUGAACUUUCAAAUUCACUUUGGAACUUUCAACAAGUCAUGUAUAUUGAUCUCAGCAAUAAUAGCCUAAUCGGUCAUGCCCCUAUAAAUGACGCUUAUAAUAUGGUCUAUUUGUUUUAUCUUGCUCUAGCAUCGAAUAAUUUUACCGGUGAGUUACCCAUGGGUUUUUUUGCUCCAUUAAAAUCAUUGACAUAUCUCGACGUACGACAGAACUGGUUCCUGAAAAGUAAAGAUACUUUCCCAAAUCUGUAUAUGAAAGUGACAUACAGUGUGAAGAUACAAAGAAACACAUUUUCUUGCCCGACUAUUCAUCUUUCAAAUUCUGGAGGACGGGUAGAAAUGGAUCCUGAGUAUUAUGAUUAUUCCUUGUGUUUUUGUAAUGGAGGGUACUAUGGUUACCGCAAAUAUUGCGAGCCCUGUAUGAAAGGUGGUUCAUGUGAAGCGAAAGCAUCAAUCAAGAAUGAAACACAAACUUCGCCAACGACCAACCAAAUUGAAGUUAAGAUGAACGUUGAAAAAGGUUACUGGCCGUGUUGCGGUGAUUUUGGCAAUGUAACUAAACUGGUUAAAUGCAGCCAACAAAAAAUGUUUGAUGAUGAAAUAUGCAAUCCUUCCGGAAGAUGCAAAUGUGAACUACAAUUGUUGAAUGGUCACCACCUGAAAACAACAUGUAACUCGACAUGUGUUUGUCGUCAUGGCAACAAGGGGAGAUUUUGCUCACAGUGUAUCGACGGUUACUACAAAAAAGGUUCUUUAUGUGUCCCCUGUCCUGAGUUUCGUGAAAAUUUCCCAGUCUUUUUACUACUCUCCUUCUUGGCAUGCCUCUUCAUGUCUAUUUUUUUGAUGAUUAGUUUGAGACGCCGCAGAAAACGGGUGGUCAUUGUUUUAUUGUUUGCAUUUGCAGUGGCACUUAUAGUUUUGCACGCGAAGUCCAUAAUCCCAUGGUGGUUCUUUAUGCUUAUAUUUGCAGUAUGGAUCUUAGGUCUUUCUGACGCAGGCAGGACCCUGAAAAGCUUUUGGAGCAUAGCGAUCUUUUUCUUCCAGUCCCUAGGUGCGAUGUUGUCUGAUGCCAAAAUCUGGCCAACAAAAAUAGUUCUUCUUAAAUACCAAAUCACAAACGCCUUUAAUAUUGAGUUCUCGGAACUUACUUGUAGCUUUUCUACUGCAAACCGUCCCGAGGUUACCUUUGCUGUCAUUUUGCUGCUGCCGAUCGUGGGAUUAUCCUUAAUAUGGUUGUUUCAUGGUUUGGGGAAGAUAUGCUGUAGUCGAAAUAGAAAUAUUUCCAGUCACCGAUGCAAACGUUGGAGCCUUCAAAUGCUUCUGUUCGUGUAUUUUCCUAUCACUGCAAAAACCUUUGAUGCGAUAUUUUCUUGUGAACACCGUGACGGCCUGUCUUAUUUAAAAAAUGCACAGUGGCUUGAUUGUAAUGGCACUUCACAUAACAGGCUGCUUAUUUUGGGUUAUGUUUCCUUGGUUGUAUUUGUUUUUGGGAUCCCUCUUUUUAUUUUCACACCAUUGUUGUACAAAUACUUAGACCAUGAAGGCCAAACUAUUUCCCAAGACAUUGAAAUUUGGAUGAAACCGUUGUAUGAAGAAUUUAAACCACCAUUCCGAAGAUAUUUCCGGCUUGUUUUCCUCAGCCGUCGUCUUCUACUUGCCGUAUUCUUAACCAUAGUUCCAACUACCUCUUCGUACCAAAUUUUAAGCAUAACUUUUCUUCUCAUCACCUUCAUCAUCAUAACUCUAGUUUUCAGGCCGUACAAGAGAUAUUCAGACAAAUUUGAAUUUGAAACUUCGGCCGAUGUAUUUAUAUCUAUCGUUUUGCUUCUUUCCUUUGUUAGUUUAGCAUCCUUGCGACUUUCUACAAGACUUGACAACUCGCUUGUUUGGUUGAUCGUUUCUCUAAAUUUUUUCGUGGUGUUGUGUUGCGUUCUGGGAAUUGUUUUGUUGUUUUUGGUUAACCUUUGGAAAUCGUCAAAUUUACACGCUCAAAACAGUCAAUACGAACCAAUUCUAAAUUAAUGUUUAUUCUUCUGAUAUGAAGUUGCGGACCUUGCCACGGCAACAAAACGUCCGAACGACGACAUUGCAAGAUUUGCCACGCUAUUAAUGGUACGAUAA